UCCGUUACCCACUCAACCGAGUUGGAAUAUGUUACAAUUGAUGGUGAUUGCAACUUUGGCAGGCCGACGUUUCCUCGUCGGAAUGAGAUGAUGGCAUACACUAUGAUCCCGGCGAGCUCCAUGAUGAAUAUCAAGUCGUGUAAUGUAUGGUACAACUCCUCUAAAGGUAUACUUCGACUGUGGUUACAAAAAACCAGCAAACAAAAAAAAGCAUCGCUGGUUGGUAUGGUGUUGGAUGAACAGGGUGUAUUGGUGCUGCCAGGGUACAUCACGGAGGCAGAUGACCAUGUGGCGUAUCCGUUUCAUAUCUGCCCAUCCUUGGAUAAGUCUAGCAAUCGAAAUUACUCAAUAUUUUUAUCAGCAACACCUCUAACAGGAAUCAAUCUCACAGUUCAAGUAGACGAGUCCAUCAUGACAGAAAAGGAAGACAAAUCUUUAGAGUUUGGACAUAAGAUCACCUCCCGACUGCUUGUGUUUGACGUCUCAUCCAUACAGGGAAAAUUUGAUCAUUUUCAAGUAACUGUCCGUUCGGAAGACGACACUCGUGAAUGUCUACUGUUUGUUUCAAAUAACUGUGAUGACGUUGUUAACGUGGAUGCAAUUGAUCCUCAGGCUGUGAAUUUCAAAGAAUCUAGUGGCACACUACAUCUUACCUUUACUACCUUCGGACGGAUCACCUUAUCCCACGCGUCGAAGCCACAGCUAACGACAGGUCGAUGGUACAUCGGUAUAUUCCUCAAGAAUGCCAACGGCAAAAAUCAUAAAGAAUUUACAAAAACUGUCAAAGUAUCGGUUGGUUUUGCUGGUGGCAUAAACAGAGUAAGCUUCACUCAGCCAAUUCUCCUACUUGUUCUGCUCUCGUUUCUCGGUGGUAGCAUCAUCGCAUUGUUCGCGGAUUUCUUCCUAAAUCCAGAGUUUGAGCACCAGUUAGUUCACAAACUUCGUAUGUAUGUUAAUUCACAUAUAUUCAGAAUGGAGGAGGGAGCAGACGCGAAUGAUAACGCGCAAAACCGCAAUGAAGCCAGCCCUCCAACUUUGAAAGUUAAUGGUCAUAACAGCCUCCCGACAGGCAGCAUAUGCCUCGACCUUGGGCAGGACUCGCAACAGCCUUAUGAUAUUGUCAAACUGAGUAUACCCAAGCACUGGCCUGGGCUAAAGAAUUGGGGGAAUGUAAUGCUAGAUUGGUUCCGUGGUGAUGAAAGGUCUUAUGCGUUUACGACCGGAAUCGUUGCCAUCAGCCUUUUGACUGGUGCUAUUCAAUUCAUCGUCUCCAACUGGCGGGAUAUGAUAGAGAGCGGCAACCGUGAUAUAUGUUAUUACAACGAAGGUUGCUACAGGGCAACGCCCCUCGUAGAUGUUCCCUAUAAUUUGAUCAUCAGUAAUCUAACUUACGUCAUUCAUGGCUUCGUUAUCGCGUUAUCCGUUUCGUUACGUGAGGCGACGUGUCGCGUAAACGAGCGGAUGCUAAACGUGACCGUGCGCAAGGACUCGUUCUCCAUCAUGUACGCGUUCGCGUGGUCCCUGGUCUUCCAGGGUAUCUUCUCGGCUUGCUACCACAUGUGCCCCAGCCGCAUGACGUUUCAGUUCGAUUCGGCUUUCAUGUUCGUCAUUUGCGGUCUGGUGAUCGUUGCCGCGUUUAAUUCCCUCGUCAGCAAAUCUCAACAUCGGCAAAGCAUCGACGACGAGUCACCGGCGACGUACACGAGUCCGGUGUUUGAGACGAAACUCUACCUUUUCUUCGUCAUGCCUUUACUUGUUCUCAACUACAUCGGUUCAAUACGAGAUACCGAGGGCCUGCUAAUGUUCAACGAUGCAGUGUUUUAUUUUAUGUGUAUCUUAUGGAUAACUUGCAUGUUCGCUUGGGUAUUUUUUCGUCUGAUGUUGCCGUGGAAGCCACGUCCCGAACCAGCCUUCUGGUGCAAGUUUUCCUGGCUGUGUGCCCUAUUUCCAGUGAUUAUGCUGUUCAUCGGCUUGUACACGGUCGAUCUGCAGAAAAACUGGUCCAUAUUCUUUCUUUUCACGUGCCUUGCUGCGGUUAUGUGCACGGUGAUUGGCUACAGUUUGACCGCAUGCUCGCAGAAUAUCUUCAAGCACGUGAAGAAGCGGAAAGAUUUGACUGCGCAUGAAAGCAGGGCGAUGAAGUGGAAGAUGUACUUGAAAUGGCCGAUCGUAAAUUUCCACGUUAUUUUGUACGCUGUUUGUACCGUGGCUUGCUGGUUGAUAGCAUUGUACUACUUCCUUCAGAAGCCAGUCACGGACAAAGUUAAAUCGGCAAGUAAAUCGCGAGAACUUAAUGCUGAGUGUUCUCUAUGGGAAUUUUUUGACGACCAUGACCUGUGGCAUAUCGCAUCCUCAUUCGCCUUGAUGCUUACAGCUUAUCUCAUUAUAUGGUGUAUUGGGUGAGGCAGACUAUAUCUGCCCAGAAUGUUCGCCACUUGUUCCCCGGCAAACUGCUUAUAUUGUACAUUAAUUGAUACGAAUGUACGUGUUUUCUCAGAAGGAUAUUAGCUAUAUACAGGAUCCCCUGAUAGAAUUCCAUCCGUGUCCUCAUUUGUUCCUCGACACACCGCGCAUGCAUAUCUGAUUUCAUUGUACAUUGGUUGAUAAAGAUGUACAUUUUUGUUCCUACAGCUGAUGCAUGCGAACCUUCAUGAUAUCAUUGGUACAUAGGUUUGGUACAUUGGUAUAUUGGUACAUACAUAUUUUUGGUAAUAAUGGAUCUCAUUCAAUGUUUUCAUUUGUUCCUCGACAGAGACAAUGUUUUAACAAUAGUUUAAUCGAACAAUGUUUUACGAACAUGUUAAAAGAUACUACUUUCAAACAGACUAUCACCUUCCAACAGGUUUCUUAUCGCAAUCAACGUUCUAAUUAGGGUGACUACAUGCUUGUCAAUUGACAAGUAGUCAAA